AUGGGCGGGGUGUCGUGCCGCUCCUCCGCGCUGCUGGCGUGGGUCAACCACGGCGUGCUCCUCGUUAUUACGGCGCGCAAGCAAGCGCAAGGCCGCGGCUCGGCCACCGCCCCUCUUUGGAUCAUCAAGAACUCAUGGGGGAAGCAGUGGGGGGAGCAAGGGUACUACCGCCUCUGCCGCGGCAGCAACGUCUGUGGCGUCGAUAGCAUGGUCUCCGCCGUCGCCGUGGCGCCGGCGCCGUGA